UAUUUUGGUUUGUGCGGGCAUGUGAAAAAUAAGUAGUUGGUAAUUUCUCGUAAAUCCAUUUAGAUGUCAUUCACAACUUGUUUUUAAUAAACUUUCGCUAUAAUUUUCUAAGAAAUAGAAUAAUGUGUGUCUUUUUGAUGAAAGUGUAGUGGGAAUUUCAUAAAAACCUAUCUCAAAUAAUGUGAGAAAUGUACCAUUUCAAUCGAUAUUUAAUAUGCAAAAGCUGAUUUUAAACACCGUUUGAAAAGUCGAUUGAAGAUGAAAUAAAGAACAUGUGUCAGCUUAACAACUGAGAAAAGGUUUAGUCAUCUUCAUAUUGCCAUCGAGCAACACGUCUACUGAAAGAGAAGCUUUUUUAACAGAACCUUAACAGAGACAUUUUGCUGGCCUAAACGUAAUGCCUCUCUGUGUUCUUAAGUAAAAACUUAGCAUUGAAAUUAAUCAAUUUAAUAUGCAAUGAAAUAACAAACGACAAACGCAGACUCAGAGUCAUAUCAAAACAAGUUUCGGCUUAAAAGUGACAAAACGUGUUUGCACACUAUAUAUACAUAUUAUGUAUGUAUGUAUAAGUUUAGUUGAAUGCAUACCUAUGUGCAUAUAUUAAGUUGGACGACGGACGCUCGUUCGUGCUCUCAACGUUUGUUCGCCCACAGUUUUUAUUUAUGCGGUCUACCUAGUGAGAAAGCACGCGCAUAUUGGUGAGGGAAAAGCUUUUUCUUGGAGCAAUCUUACGCUUUUACUUCGUCAUUGCUCCGGCCUUAUUAGAUUUUAGAGAGCGCUUUUAAUGAAAAACACAACUGCUGGCAAAAUGAGUAACGAGUCGACUGCUAGUGAGUCAACACCAUUUCGCCGCCCGGAAAGCCAAAAUAGCUUUGACGUAUCGUCGUCUUUGUUGUUGUUAGCAAAAUCGCGUGACGUGGAAAAACAUUAUCGUAAUUUAAAUCACAACUCCAACGAUAUCAGCAACAGCAAUUGCAGCUGCGACAACGUCAACGGCAACGGCAACGGCAACGGCAAUAGCAAUAGCAACACCAGUAGCGCCACAGUAUCGACAACAGCCGCAUUGGCCAUCGCAAAUUUGAAUAACAACAACGUUGAAGUGCGUCUUUGUGCUGGUUCCGGAGAGGAAUCUAUCGAGCAAAUUUCUAAAACAAACAAGAUGGAUCACAACAAACGAGUGUUAUAUCGCGUGGCAUUGGAUGUGUUCAUACUACUCUGCGUGGGUUUUCCGAUUUUAUUAUUUUACCUAUGGGGGUCCGCCUAUCAACGUGGGUUCUUUUGCGAUGACGAGUCCCUGAAGCAUCCAUUCAAAGAGUCAACUGUCAAGAAUUGGAUGUUAUACUUUGUAGGGCUGGUAUUGCCCAUUGGAGUGACGCUUGCGGUCGAGAUAGUGAGAGCGGAACGUAGUAAAACAUCAUCAGAUGGAGCUUUUCCCACCCGUAGGUAUAUUUUCAUGGACUAUGAGGUUCCUGCUUGGAUGGUUGAAUGCUACAAAAAAAUUGGUAUUUUCGGCUUUGGAGCAGCUGUGUCCCAGCUCACGACAGACAUCGCUAAAUACUCGAUUGGGCGUUUAAGACCUCACUUUUUCGCAGUCUGCCAGCCCAUCUUGUCCGAUGGCACUACAUGUGAUGAUCCAAACAACGUGGGAAAAUACAUCGAGGACUUCACGUGCAAAGGCGAUGAUUCCACGAAGCGCAUGUUAAAAGAAGUUCAUCUCUCAUUCCCCAGCGGACACUCAAGCUUUACAUUCUACACCAUGGUAUAUACUGCGUUAUACUUACAAUCGCGCAUGGACUGGAAAGGAUCUAAGUUGUUGCGUCAUUCUUUACAGUUUCUGUUUAUUAUGAUUGCCUGGUAUACGGCCCUGAGUCGAGUAUCGGAUUAUAAGCACCAUUGGUCUGAUGUGCUGGCCGGUUCCUGCAUUGGUGCGCUCAGUGCUGUGAUCGUGGCGAACUACGUUUCUGAUCUAUUUCAACGAAAAUCUUCCCAACAGUAUCUGCUGCCACGUACAUCUCAAGAAGCUCAACCACAGACGGUAGCCAGUAAUGGCCAUUGAUAUCCGGCCCUAAGUUCAACAGUAUUUUGCCUUUUACCCGCGAAGCGAUUCAUUAGACUAUUACAUAUAUGUAAUACUACAAGUGGCGACAGAAUCAAUUUGUUCUAAAGUAUUUAGACUAUUUAUUUUAUAGAAAUCAGGAGAGCAAUAUAUAAAUAUGUAUAGUUUAACGUACGUGUAUAAAGUUAAUAAAUAAUAAGCAAUAUGUAUAUUAAUUUUAAGUAUGUAUUACUUGACAGUAAUUUAGUUUGUAAAUGCACACUAUUUAUGUACGCAUACAUACAUAUGUAUGGAUGUACAUAUGUACAUGAAUGCAUAUCUAUUUAUGUGUGUAUACGGACAUACAUAUGUACGUAUAUACAACAUAUACUAAAUAAGUAGAUACAUAUAUCUACUUAUACUUACAUACACACGUCGGACUGCUUUUAUAGACACAUAUUAUAGAAUUUUAAUAGUAUUCUAAUGAUCAAAAAUUUUGCAAAAGUCGCGAAUUUAAAGCUUUCAGAUUGCGAAAAAAAUAGAUAAAAAAUUAUGUACUUCUUGAUUUUAAGCUUAUUAAAAUUUACGUACAUACAUACAUACACGAUUUUAGCUCCACACUAAUACAUAAUUAUAAUUCGUCUAUAGGCUUUGCUUAUUUUUACAAAGGACAUGAAAUCUAUCAAAUUGGACAGAUUUUAUGCUGCGAUCGCAGCAAAAGUGCAAAAGUAGACGAUGUUAAGUUAUCGCUAUUUAGUGCUCAAAUAUAACAACAAAUAAGUGUGCAUAAUUUUGUUGUUAGAAAAAGGUAAAAUAAAAUUACGAUUAUUAUACUAAAA